AUGCAUUUUUUCCCAAGCCACAGGGGAACUUCUCUAUUUGAACCUUCUUUGGUUUGGCUUUACCUGUUAUUAUUGGUGGGUUGCUCUGGUUCGGUGGGUGCACGGGACGUACGCGUUCCCGACUCUCCACAGGGGAGGACAAAUUCCACUCUUUACACGCUGUGCAGGAAUUCUGAUCUCAAUGAAAUGGUGGACACAAUUGUCAACUAUGAGGCAAGGUUUAACAAGAACUACCAUUAUGAUUGGGUUUUCUUAAACGACGAGCCCUUUUCAGAAGAUUUCAAAACCAUGGUUACCAAGGCAGUCUCCGGAGCUGCAAAAUUCGGAACUAUUCCCAAACACGUCUGGUCCACACCGAGUCACAUUGAUGUUUCCCUUAUGGACUUCAACAUCAAUAGUGUACUGAACGACCCAGAGGGCGCUUACCCUUAUGCAGAUUCGAAGAGUUACAGAAACAUGUGCAGGUUUGAGUCGGGAUACUUCCAAUGGAGUGAGCUACUGAUGGAAUAUGACUAUUUCUGGAGAGUUGAACCAGGUGUUAAAUUAUACUGCGAUGUCAAUUACGAUAUUUUCAAGUACAUGAUAGACAACCAACACGAUUAUGGAUUUACCAUUUCAUUAUUAGAAUACCCGAAAACUAUUCCCUCCUUAUUCCCCUCCUUUUAUAAAGCUUUAGAAAACACAAAUCAAACAAAUCUCCUGAGCUCAGAUGACAACUACUCAAGAUUCUUUUAUGACGAUUCCAACCAUAGCUACAAUUUGUGUCAUUUCUGGACUAAUUUUGAAAUAGGAAAUUUGAAUGUUUUCAGGAGUGACGAAUACAUGAGACUCUUCAAAGAACUUGAAAAAAGAAAUGGAUUCUAUUACGAGAGAUGGGGCGAUGCACCCGUACGUACAUUGAUACUGUCCACAAUUCUCAAGCAUCCUGCCAUCAAGAGGUUUGCAGAUAUAGGGUAUCAACACGACCCCUAUUUGCAAUGCCCCCAAGAUUUAGAAACUAGAGCAGAAAAUAGAUGUUCCUGUGAUCCAACUUUGGAUAUCACUAACAAUUGGUUUAGUUGCUCUUGGUACUUUGAUAGUCUCGUUGGUGAACAUCAACUCCGGCCCAAGAACGUGCCUUAUACAGCAUAA